CUGUUUUUUCAGGACGCAAGGGCAGACCGAGUUAAAAAAGCCAUAAAAUCUUAUCCAGAUUUUCCGAAAGCUGGAAUAAACUUUCUAGAUAUUUUCCCUAUUUUUCAAGAUCAAGGGACUAUAAAUGAUUGCGUCGCUCUGAUGACAGAGGAAAUUCAAAAGCGCUUUCUAAACGGGGGCGAGAAAAUCGAUGCCAUUAUUGGUCUGGAGUCUCGGGGCUUCAUUUUCGGAAUUCUUAUCUCAACGCAUUUUAAGGUCCCCUUUAUUCCCAUUCGAAAAGCUGGAAAAUUGCCCGGCGAAUGCUCGAAGUACUCGUAUGAUCUCGAGUAUGGUUCGGCGACGCUGGAGUUGCAGAAAUCUGCUCUCAAGCCAGGAUCUAAGGUGGUUAUAAUCGAUGACGUCUUGGCAAUUGGUGGCACAAUGAGCGCUGCUGCCAAACUCUGCCAAGAAGCCUCCAUGGAGAUACUCGGGGCAGGUGUUUUGCUUCAAAUCGUGCCUUGUAACGGAGGUCGGCGGUUAGACGAAAUGAACCUAAAGUGGUUCUCCAUCCUUCACUUCGAUUAG